CCAGUGAGCUUGUGCGCGCUUCCGUGGCCAAUGUAACAACAAUCGUCUUCUACGGCGACUGAAUACUCAUAAAGCGAGUAAACAGUUUUAUUUCUCUAAAACAGGAAGAUUGUUAAAAUGCGGCGCCCAAAGUAUUUCACGCCGAAGGAGGUGUCCGUUCACAACACUCUCAAAGAUAUAUGGGUGUCGUACCUGGGCAAAGUGUACGAUCUGACACCGCUGCUGGAGGAGUGUAAAGGUGAUGUGUUAUUGAAACCUAUCGCAGAGUGUGCAGGAAAGGACAUCAGUCACUGGUUUGACCCAAAGACAAAGGAUAUUCUCACCCAUGUUGACCCAUUGACUGGCUGCAUUAAAUACUACACCCCUAGGGGGCGCUUUUUACACAUACCCCCUCCCUGCCCUCGCACUGACUGGGCCAAUGACUUUGGAAAACCGUGGUGGAAGGAUAACCGCUACGAGGUUGGGCUGCUGUCUGCCAAAACACGCUGGAUCCGCAUUAUCAACACUCUAACCUCCCAAGAGCAGAGGCUAGAGGUUUGCUCUGAAGAGACUCUGGAUGAGAUUCUCCAGCGAUACCUGCGCUACAAUUCCCAUGCAGCAAGCUACACCUGGAAGCACAAUGGCGUAAAUUUGGACAUGAGCAAGACCCUGAGUGAAAACGGCAUCCCUGAAGAGGACGAGUUUUACUGCGGAAGCCCAGACUGUGACCUCUUCUCUCCAUCCAUAUGUCUGUAUUUCAACGACGACCUCACUGAACUCUAAAAACGCAUGCUAUUAAUAUGAACAAUGGCAUAUAAUUCAUUAGAAUAUCACAUCCACUGUGAGCCAAUUUGAGCGAGAGGCAUGAACGCCACAUCAACUAUUCAUGUGUUCAGUGUUUCAUCGAUUCCUGUCUGUGGUUAUCUUAUUGCAGCUCUCUGGGCUUCAUCCAAUCAAAUGCUGAGCAACAGAAUAAAAAAGAUGAAUGCCAGCCUACAUAAUAAACCCCUGAACCAUAAAGUCUGGUGGUUGCCAUGGUAAUUGCUUGGAGGAAAUGCAGCAGCUACUGUAUUGUAGGCCACAGCGGGCUCUCAACCCUAAUUAAGUAACAUUAUAUAUACAGUAUGUAUGCAUGUACACAGAAAUGAUUUCAUGCAGCCAACAUUUCAAUUUAAUCACUGCAUUAUGAGACCAUGCCAUUAACGUCUGCAAACGUGCAUCUUUUUGAUAAGCAGUGUCAAUUACUUGUGUACUGUGUACUUGGUCUAAUUAAUUUUUUGGGAUCGAUUUGAUUUUUUGUUCUGUGUGCACAGGAAAGAACAUCUAGAACAGUGGUCUUGAGAUUGCUUAAAAUUAUUUAACAUAAGACAAAAUAUGCACCAAACAGCUAAAACUCAAGAUGUAAGCUGAUGUCAUAUUUCUCACCUGUUUCUAUGAUCUCGAGAAACCUGGAUUUAUGUGGAAUUUUAAAAGUGUGAUUUCAAGACCUGGAAAAGUCAUGUAAUAUACAUUUUUCUAGUUGUCAAGCUCAAAAACUAUAAUAUUGGGUAGAAACGGCUGAGAAAUCAUAAUUUGUGUGUAAAAAAAUAAAUAAAUUGAGCAGCUUUUUUUUCUACAGCAGAAGUACCUUGAGGAAUAUCUUGAGGUGACUUCAAAUAUUGUUAUUGACAAUUGAGGGCUUUAGAGUCACAGGUUGAGAACCGCUGAUUUAGAUUAUACCAGCCAAACAUUAAAAAUCUAAAUUAGACUAAAUAUGAAGAACUGUUUUUAAAGUAGGAAGAAAUUGCUAAAGCCUUUUUGCAUCAGUAGCACUUAACGGUUUGCUUGUGGG